CCGUGGUGCCUCUUUCUCCUAUCGCCCGCAUCUCUCGUCACCGGGCCGCCCUGCCUCCUCCUUCCAUAGGGAGGUGGUCCACUCGACAGAAAGGAAGCAAAAAUGGGAGUAGAAAUUCAGACAAUAACUCCAGGCGAUGGACGGACAUUCCCGAAGAAGGGACAGCGCGUCGUGGUGCACUAUGUCGGCACGCUGGAGGACGGCAAAGAGUUUGACUCUUCGAGAUCCCGGGGGAAGCCUUUUAAAUUCAAGAUUGGACAUCAGGAGGUAAUUCGUGGCUGGGAGGAAGGAGUAGCUCAGAUGAGUGUAGGUCAGCGGGCGAAGCUCGUCUGUACGCCAGACUUCGCCUACGGCAGCAAAGGUCACCCAGGGAUCAUCCCACCAAACGCCACUCUCACCUUUGAUGUGGAGCUGCUGGGUCUGGAAGCCUGAGACCUGCACCCUCCACUUUGUUUAGUUCUGCUCAGAGUUUCAGGGUCGACUCCUGUCUUAAGAACGUGGAGGAAACAUGUUCAGAUGAUUCCUGCACAGGACCUACAUCUACAGCUUCACAUCCUUUUUAUUCCUUCUCAUUCAGGUGCAAACUGAAUUAUGUCACUUGCUUUGAAAUGUUAUGUCACAUUUUUCAAUCUCCAGGCCAUCUCUUGAUAUAUAUUUCAUCACGUACUGAUGUGUAUUUUUCUUUGUUUUUAAAAUGGACCUCAUCGACUCUCAACAGAUCUGAAAAUGUGUUUGUUUGUUUUUUCUUCAGGAGCAUGUUUGUUAAAAAUCCUGAAUCCAUUUUGUUCCUGUGACUCUGACCUUUACGCUCAGAUGUUCCAGGUGCAGGCAUGAAUUGAAUGAAACUAGAAUAAAUCAUUUGUGAUACUUGCUAAUGGAUAAAACAACGAUGUGGAGCAGUGUUCAGAAAACGACGUACCAGGAUUAAAACUGAACAAACUGCUGCCGUGACUAACCUGCAAGUCUUAGCAGACAUUACACUUUUUUCUUUUCUUGUUUUGCUGUACAAAAAGACUAAAGUUGUGAUUGUUUACAGCGUUGCUCUGGCUGUAAGGAGGUUUACAGGCACAAACACUUGGUCUGGGUGAAGGCUGAAGUUUCUCAAUUAGCGAGGAGCUGAUUUUUACAAACCGCCUCGUUUCCCUCCCGUCACCAACUUCAUUUCAUUGUUUUACAUCUUCUGGUCUGUGACAGAUAUAUUUAAUGGUUUUACAGCACACUAACAAUAAAAGAAAAAGAAAACCAGCAUGUUUUAUUCAACACCAGGAAACGGUGUUCUGCUAUUUUCAGUUUCUUGUGCAUUUCCAGAAAAUUGCCGAGUUAAAGAUAAUAAAGAUUUAAAUGGAGAAAGAAAAGAAAUGUCUUGCUUCGAGGCGGAGUCUGACAAGAUGAGUUGUUUUAACUUUAUAAGCCAUAUUUUGCAAUAAAAUGUUAUCUUGCUCAAA